AUGAAGACAGAAAUUUUCAUAUUUCUCAUAUUUUUCGUGGUCUUUGUCUAUUGUGAUAAUUCUGGUGAGAGUAAUAAGAAGUUGCCUAAAGUCUAUAGAGGCGUUAAAAUAUUUAAUCCUAGGAAGUUUUCCAAGAUAAAAUACUUUCUUAAUAUAGUAAGAAAAAUUGAUAAUGUACCCAAGAUAAUAGAAAACAAAUCGUACACAGCUUUCGCCCCCAUCUCAGUUGUAAGGCAAAAUGUGCCUAAUAGUCCCUACUUCAACCCUGAACAAAAUGUCGACCUUAACCCUAGGGUCAAAAAAGUUUUACCACAGUACGCCGGUCAUUAUAUGGUAAAGAGGUCCAUUGAAUUUAAUGCAACUGCAGAUGCGAGAAGAAAGAAACAUAACAUUGAAGAUGUAGAAUCAGCAAGUAAUAAAACAUUUGACAAAAACAAAAACGUAAAUGCAGAAGCGAAAUCUACUUCCAAAAUUAAACGGGGUAAACGACUCCGAGCUCAUAAAAAAUCCCAUAAGCAUAACAUACGGCAUCACAGGAAUGCCUUUGAGACCAAAGAGAAUAAGAAUAGACAAAAAAUUCAAAACCCAGAUAGAUCUGUGAAAGAGCGUGCUUCUAAACUGAGAAAGCAGAAAUCGAAGAGAAGUAGAAAACAAAAAGCUAACAAGACAAGAAUAAUUCAUGAUGAUAAAACAAUACGCAAUGGAAAAGUUCGUAACAGGCGCCUGAUAGCAGGCAAAGACGCGAUGAUUGAAGAUUAUCCCUACGUAGUGUCCAUACAGAAGUCUGGAGAGCACUGGUGCGCGGGCGCAUUGUUAAAUCCUCGAUUAGUCAUAACCACGGCUAACUGUAUUUGGAAAUCUAACCGAAUGAGCAGAAUGAAGGUACGAGCUGGUUCACGUUACGUAGACCGAGGUGGGCAAGUGGCCAGGAUACAAGAAGUCAUGAAGCAUCCUUACUGGAGCAUCAGAAAGAAUCCAGACUAUGACGUGGGGUUGCUGCUUCUUGAUAGAAAUAUUAAAUUUUCAGAUUCAACACACGCAGUUGAUCUACCUAAUGUUGCUAUGUAUCCAGCGUUUGAAGACGCUUGGGUCACCAGUUGGGGUGCAGAAAGGCGUGAUGGGGUUUUUGAGAACAAAGGUAUGGCGUUGCAAGUUUACCACGCGCGAUUGAUAGAUUUCAACAAAUGCAACAAUGUCACUCAACGGUUCGGGGUUGUGGUCUCCAAUAACUUUAUUUGCCUCGCACAAACUGGAAGAAGAGCUCCUUGUACGCGCGAUACAGGUGCACCAGCAGUGAGUGAUGGCAUAUUGUGGGGGAUGGCAUCUUGGGGUUUAAGAAAGCUAUGCGGCACGGAGCGUUACCCAGCAAUGUUUUCAUACGUUGGGUCGAGGUCUAAUUUGGAUUUUAUCACAAACGCCACCCACUACUUAAUGGCGGACCAACGCUUCUACGCAUAUCCAGAUAAAUUUGUACUAAACAAGGCCGACACUACACAAUCGCCGACGACUAGUAAUUUGGAGUACUAA